AUGACUCCCUCAUCAACCACCCCGAUGACCACCACUUCAACUACUGGCACUAUGACAACUACUGCAACGCUGUCAACAACUAUGACUUCAACAACCACUCCGACUUCCCCAAUAACCACCACUUCAUCUACUGGCACUAGCAGUAUGUCAACUAUCUCGACUGCAAUGAGUACUGUGCCCAAUUCCACAACCACAGAUCCCACAUCAUCUACAACACCAUGUCCAUGUACCUGUGGCGAUCAAGUUUUGAAUCUUUGUGUCCGCCCAAUCUUCUGCACUCCGUGUUCAAUAACAUCGUCGACAACUAUGACUCCCUCAUCAACCACCCCGAUGACCACCACUUCAACUACUGGCACUAUGACAACUACUGCAAUGCUGUCAACAACUAUGACUUCAACAACCACUCCGACUUCCCCAAUAACCACCACUUCAUCUACUGGCACUAGCAGUAUGUCAACUUCCUCGACUGCAAUGAGUACUGUGCCCACUUCCACAACCACAGAUCCCACAUCAUCUACUACCCCAUGUCCAUGUACCUGUGGCGAUCAAGUUUUGAAUCUUUGUUUCCGCCCAAUCUUCUGCACUCCGUGUUCAACAACGCUGUCAAAAACUAUGAUUUCAACAACCACUCCAACUUCCCCAAUAACCACCACUUCAUCUACUGGCACUAGCAUAACAUCGUCGACAACUAUGACUCCCUCAACAACCACCCCGAUGACCACCACUUCAACUACUGGCACUAUGACAACUACUGCUACGCUGUCAACAACUAUGACUUCAACAACCACUCCGACUUCCCCAAUAACCACCACUUCAUCUACUGGCACUAGCAGUAUGUCAACUUCCUUCACAACAAAAAGGAUAGCUGGGUUAACCAUGAUUUCUACCACAUCAACAGUUGCACCUGGGCGUCCCAUUGUACCAUGGUAUGGAUACCUUCUCAUCGCUUUAGGGGCUUCACUUGUCGUGCCUUUCCUCCUGGGUACAUUCUUCAUGAUAUUUAAGUGUAUAAAAUGCCACGGUUCCGCCAACUUCCUAAAAGCAUGCAACCCCUAUGCAUCAUCCAGUGGUAAAUGGAGAAGUAACCAGCCAACAACAGUUGAAACAACACAAGACGGAGCAACCACAGAAGCCUCAUAG